AUGUCUGAUUGGUCCUUCUGGGAAACUUCAGGAGAAGAUUGCCAACCUGUCAUCACCAAAUUAGAUGUGAAAUCUGGUUGUGUAUCUAUUGAUUGGGACCUGGGUAAAGCGACAUCAGGGUUUAUUGAGAGAUCUGAAGAUAAACUUAACUGGACUGAAAUCAAAACUGUGAAGGAUAAGACUGGUUCUUACAAGGAUCGUGGAUUACAAUCCCAGACUACAUACUAUUAUAGGAUACGAGUUGAAGAUGACACAUCUGAUGGUUAUACCGUCUCUAUAAAUACUGAAGGAGACAUUGACUCAUCCAAGAAUGAAGGAGUUUCUUGUGAGGACAAGUUCAAUCGAAUGCUUAUUGAUGUCUCUUCUGAAAUGGGAGAAGAUGACUUGAGAUUAUUAAAACAGAACUGCGGUGGUGGACUGAUACCAAAAGGAAUUCUGGAGAAGAAGACAACUGCAUAUGAUGUGUUUGAUUGGUUACGUCAACGGCGCAAAAUCAGAAUUGACAACACAGAGUUUUUGGAACAAUUAUUAAGGCGUAUAAAGAGGGACGAUCUGGCACAAAAAGUCCAGGAAUAUCACUGAUGACAUGACAGAGAUUUAUGGAAGUGGUACCAAUAGAUCUCCUGUUGAAAUUAUAGAUAUAGCCAUACUGAGUGUACCUUGUCAUAGAUCUACACUUAUGAAGUUAUCAAGGGAGACACACUUAUCGCUGUAGAUGUAUCCAUAUAUAGUGUUUCUUCGUUACAAUUUCACCUUUUGUAAACAGACACCCGUAGGACACUUGUGGAUCAGUGGAAGAGUUGUCUGUUUUUGAAGUUUGUUUAAAAUUAGUAUUUUAUAAAAACUUUAUAAUUGUGUUCUAAU